UUCAUUGCGAUGGCGGACCGUAAAGUCCCCAGACCUGCCAAGGGAGGGACGGAGCAAAGUCACUGAGCCACUCUCAGGGGCUCGAGCAGACCGCCGUCCGACCACCUGUUAAAAGACAGCCCUCUGUCACUGCCGUCCCUCCCUUCGAAUAGUAUGAGGGACGGGAUCCGCUCGGAGCGCACUGACCGGGACGAGCCAGAAGUGGAGUGAAGAGGAGCGGAGUGCGCCGGGCUGACGCGCCGCAUGUUGAGCCGGCAAGUUGACUGAUACCACCAAAGUCGCGUCUACGGGGAAAGGGACAGUUUACUCGGAUUUUACGGAGCUUUUAGGGACCCUUGUUCCGGCAAAAUGAAAUUCGCGGAACAUCUUUCGUCCCAUAUCACUCCAGAGUGGAGGAAACAGUAUCUUCAGUAUGAGGCCUUCAAGGAAAUGCUGUAUGCUGCCCAGGACCAAGCUCCCUCCAUAGAAGUCACAGAUGAAGACACAGUGAAGAGAUACUACGCUAAGUUUGAGGAGAGGUUUUUCCAGACAUGCGAGAAAGAGCUCCUGAAAAUCAACACAUUCUAUUCAGAAAAGCUGGCUGAAGCCCAGAGAAGGUCUGCCACACUGCAGAAUGAGCUGCAGUCGUCGUUGGAUGCUCAGCGUGAGAGCAACGCUCCUCCUGGCUUGCGGAAACGCAAAACAAUGUUCCACCUGUCACAGGAGGAGCGCUGCAAACACCACAACAUCAAGGACCUGAAGUUAGCCUUCAGCGAGUUCUACCUCAGCCUCAUUCUGCUCCAGAACUACCAGAACCUGAACUUCACUGGCUUCCGUAAGAUCCUGAAGAAGCAUGACAAGAUCCUGGACACCUCCCGUGGGGCCGACUGGCGUGUGGCUCAUGUGGAGGUGGCGCCGUUUUACACCUGCAAGAAAAUCACACAGCUCAUCUCCGAGACAGAGACCCUGGUGACCACGGAGCUGGAGGGAGGAGACCGUCAGAAGGCCAUGAAGAGGUUGAGAGUUCCUCCACUGGGGGCAGCUCAGCCUGCGUUGGCCUGGACAACCUUCCGAGUGGGACUCUACUGCGGCUUCUUUGUCAUUCUAGCCAUUGCCUCUGUUCUCGCCGGUGCUGUGUUUAUCCGCUAUGAAAACAUGUGGCCUCUGGUGCGGAUCUAUCGGGGAGGCUUCCUAUUGAUCCAGUUCCUCUUCCUGUUGGGCAUCAACACAUAUGGUUGGAGACAGGCUGGAGUCAACCAUGUCCUCAUCUUCGAGAUCAAUCCCCGCAACAACCUCUCACAUCAACACCUGUUUGAGGUUGCUGGUUUCCUGGGUGUGCUGUGGUGUCUCAGCAUCCUGUCCUGUCUCUAUUCAGAUUAUACCUACCUCCCCAUGCAGAUCAACCCCCUCAUCCUUUAUGGUUUCAUGGUGCUCUUCCUCAUCAACCCCUUCAAGACAUGCUACUACAAAUCUCGAUUCUGGCUUCUUAAACUGCUGUUUCGUGUGUUCACGGCUCCGUUUCACCGGGUGGAGUUUGCGGACUUUUGGCUGGCUGAUCAGCUCAACUCUCUGGUGUUUGUUCUGAUGGACCUAGAGUAUCUCAUCUGCUUUUACAUUUUUGAGCUGCAGUGGACCAACAGAAAAGGCCUGAUACCCCAGAUCAAAAAUUCCGGUGACUUUGUGUGUCACAGCUACUCAUACGGUCUGCGAGCCAUCAUCCAGUGUCUGCCCGCCUGGCUUCGCUUCAUCCAGUGCUUGAGGCGUUACCGUGACACCAAGAGAGCCUUCCCGCACCUUGUGAAUGCUGGGAAAUAUUCCACCACUUUCUUUGUGGUCACCUUCGCUGCCCUCUACGCCACUCACCGAGAGCAAGGACAUACGGACGCUGACAUGUUUUUCUACCUGCUCAUCGUGUUCUCGACCAUCAGCUCUCUGUACACACUGAUCUGGGAUCUGCGAAUGGACUGGGGUCUGUUUGACUCUGCAGCAGGAGAAAACACCUUUCUCAGAGAGGAAAUUGUUUAUCCGCACAAGGCCUACUACUACUGUGCCAUCAUAGAAGACGUGAUCCUGCGUUUUGCCUGGACGAUUCAAAUCUCUCUGACAACCAUGACGAAGAUCCACUCUGUGGGUGACAUUGUGGCCACGGUGCUGGCUCCUCUAGAGGUCUUCAGGCGCUUUGUGUGGAAUUUCUUCCGUCUGGAGAAUGAACACCUGAAUAACUGUGGUGAGUUCCGUGCGGUGAGGGAUAUCUCUGUGGCGCCACUAAACGCGGAUGAUCAGACGCUGCUGGAGCAGAUGAUGGACCAGGAAGAUGGUGUCCGGAAUCGCUCCGGGAAGAAGACCUGGAAAAGAUCCUACAGCCUCUCGCUUCGACGUCCUCUGCUGUCGUCAUCACAAUCGAAGAAGGACACAAAGGUGCUCAUUGAAGAUACGGAUGAUGAGGCCUUCAGCUGAGUCUGCAGUGUCAACAAAUAUACACACACAUGCACACACGCACACACACAUACACAAUAUACUUAUAAGGACCUCAUUCACUAACACCCAACCUCAAUCUUUUUCUGUCGUAGUCAUAUGUGUAGAUGUAAA